GUCAGCUCAGACAGGCAGAACAUCAGCACCACUGAUAACAAAGCAAACCCAGCAGCACAGCUUCUCUUCAGUCGCCUUCUUCAGAACUUUUGUUUUCAAAUCACAAUCCAGAUGGAGUCCAAGAAGAACUGCAGCAUCAGCCAGAUGUGGACCAAGAAGAUGCCCAAAGGAGUAGAUUUGGAGAUUUCCCAUCAGCCCCCAUCCAUGAGGUGCGUCGCCAACCUGAUCAUCGCCAUGGAGAGGCUGAAGGCCGGCAUGUCAGAGUCGGUCCUGAGCCCCGACUUCAGCGACGAAAGCCUGCUCAGCAUCAUGCUGGAGAGCGUGGUGGAAGAGAGAUUCAUCUUUGAGAGGACUUCAGCUGGACCGGGUCAGUUCAGCAGGAGGGAAGAACAUCCCUGCUCUGUGACAGACGGACAGAAAAGAAGCCUGGUUCUGGUCCGGAACAACAUGGAGCUUCUGGCAGUGAUGCUGCAGGGAGGCAACGACAGCCGCAAAGUUUACCUGAACAUGGCGACUUACGUUCACCUGACUCCCGACACUGGGCUGGGCCAGCCUGUGGUUCUGGGCAUCAGAGACACUGACUUCUACCUGUCCUGCCACAAGGAUGGCGACAAACCAACGCUGCAUCUGGAGGAAGUGGAGGACAAAGCGAGCCUCUCUGAGAUCAGCGUAGAGAGCGACAUGAGGCGCUUCCUGUUCUACAAACGGGACAUGGCGGUGAACAUCAGCACUCUGAUGUCCGCUCUCUUCCCAAACUGGUACAUCAGCACCGCCACCGACAACAACCGACCUGUGGCCAUGUGCCAGGAGUCUGCCUCCCGCUACAGAACCUUCUCCAUCCAGCGGCAGAGCUGAACCCGGCCUGAAGGAGGCGCUCAUCAGUUGGAUCGCUAACAGGACAACCACACUCUGCUGGAUGGACGUGUGUGUUCAACGUAGUAUUUCACUGUAUGUACCAAGUACAGAAAGGAUACUGCCUAAUGUAUUGACUUUGUCAAAUUUCUACACAAGGUGGCGCCAUUGUGCCGUCCAAGAAGCAUUACUGUGUGAAUAUGUUUGGCUUAAUAUUUAUGACUUGAUUUUUAAUAUUUAUUUAUGUAUUUAUGCAAAACUGGUAAUUUUAUAUUCAUGAUCUGGAAAUCCGCUUGUUAAUCACUGUUUAGAAAACAUGCAAAUGUAUUAAAUAAAGA